AUGCAGCUCAUGUCGACGGCCGCGGCCAACGACGUGACGGCGGAGCCCCUAGAGGUCGUCGGCGGCGGCGUGAUGGAGUGGCGCCGUGACCGCGACCGCCACCUGCACCUGCACUCAGCGUACGUCACGCCCGCCGGGCGCGGCCCCAACGGCCCCAUGAGCACCGCCGAGGUGCUUAACCUGGCGGGCGUGCUGACUAAGCAGUCGCUGCCGAUCCACUACAAGGUCUCGACCGACCACGGGAAGACCCUCUGA